AAGUUCCAGGGGAAAUAAAAGCAGAUGACACAGAGAGAAGACUGUCACUGAUAGGAGUCAGACUGUAAGGAUAGGACUGGGCGAGUCAACAAGUGACAACCAAAGGAGAGCAAAACGCCACGGCCAAUCAGCUGUGGAAGCAAGAUGUUGGUCCAUGCUGUGCUGGCUUCCUUCUGUGUGUGCCUGGUGUCGGCCUCAGUCCUAUGCCCGGAUGGAAACACCUGUGCAGAGAAGAACACCUGCUGCCUGACCAACACAGGAUACUACGGCUGCUGCGUCUAUCCCUUCGCUGUCUGUUGUCCAGACCUGCUCCACUGCUGCCCGACCGGUUACCAUUGUGAAGAAGACACUCACACAUGCGUCAAACAAGGUCUGCCGUGGCUUAGGCUGCAAUGGAGCAAGAACACACCUGUCAAAAAGGAAACAUCCCAAACUGGCACAGCCCCCCAGCUUUCACUUCCCAAGCCUGAUAACAGCAUUGCCGUCAGAGAGUCGUCGGCCAUUUUGAAGAAGCCAUCCGGUGUUGGUCUUGACGUGGUGCACUGUGACAACUAUCACACCUGCCCUGAUGGUUAUACAUGCUGCAGAAGUGUGUACACAUGGGCCUGGGGCUGCUGCCCCUACAUCUUAGGCCAGUGCUGUGCAGAUGGUUUCCACUGCUGUCCUCAGGGCUCCACCUGCGACCUCUUCACCUUCCGCUGUUUGAGUGGUAGUGCCUCCAUACCUGCCUCUCCCCAAAUACCUGCUCUCAGGACUGACUACCUGGACCCGUGCUGUCUGAAUGGGGAUGAGGCAGGAUGCUGCCAGGUGGGGUUCCACUGUGAUAGAGAGCGCAGGGUCUGUGUGGCAGACUUGGCCCCUCUGGACAUCUGGACCACUCUGGAGGGGCAGGAGCUGGAGGCCCCCAGAGGUGGAGCAGUGGCCCUGAGGGGCGUCAUCCGCUGUGACGGAAGGUUCUACUGCCCCGCUGACCACUCCUGCUGUAGGACCCCCACCGGCGAGUGGGGCUGCUGCCCAUACCGGCUGGGUGUGUGCUGCACAGAUGGCAGACACUGUUGUGAUUAUCACAUGACAUGUGAUGAGUCCUCUUUGAGCUGUAAUCAAGGAGAGAACUCCAUCCCCUCAGCUUCCAUGGGCCAGAUACUGAGAAUCUGAUGCCUCAGAAGUCAGCACACUUCAUUCUAGAAUGGCAGUCAGCACGCUUCAUUCUAGAAUGGCAGUCAGC